UCCAUCCAGAGAAAGCCCUCGGCCAUCUUCCAUUGUCUCGACUUGUUGGCGCCAAACUCCUCUCUACCUCUCUCUUUCUGUCUAUGCGUGUGCAAUGAACGCCUACAAAACCCUGGUCGGUACAUCUCUUGCUACGCUCGGAUGCAGUCUCCGAAGCAAUCGAGCAGCCUCCUCUCCAAUCUCCUCUCGACCUCUUACUUCCUUCUCUUCCCUCCACUCUCUUCCUCUCGGGCUCAGAAUCGUAUGCUGCAGAGUUCCUUCCAGAUCUUAUGCGUCUUCCGCUGAAGGAGCCGCUAUUUCAAUUGAAGCCACAGGUUUCGCGGACCAACUUCUUUCCACAAACCCAAACCUCGAGACACCGGAUGAGGGACUUUUAAACGACACCGUCGAACACCUCCUUGCAAACCCUGACGACGUCGCAAGAUUAAUGAAGAUGGAGCGCCGGUCCAUCAAUCUCGAUGGAGGCCAAUCCGUACGAGCCAAUCGUUGGUUCCCGUACCUCGACAGGUUCAGGUGCGGGACCGAUGAGUAUUUGAGCAGCGGUGAGGUGCUGGAGGCACUUAGUCCGUACAUAUCGGAUGUGAGGAAGGAGAGAUUCCGGAAUGUAGUGAGGAAUCGGAGCUAUUCGGUCUCUUUGGUAGUCGAAGGUCUUUGUGAUUUCGGCAAUGUUUCAGCUGUGUUUCGGUCCGCCGACGCCCUUGGGUUUCAAUCGGUCCAUGUUGUCUCGUGCGACUCGAAAAGGUAUAGAAACAACCGCCAUGUUAGCAUGGGUGCAGAGAAAUGGUUAGACAUUGAACUUUGGAACUCCACCCUAGAGUGCUUUAAUUUUCUUAGGUCGCGUGGUUAUCGAAUUGCAACAACGCAUGUGGGAAUGGAUGCGGUAUCCAUUUACGAGAUGGAUUGGUCAUGCCCAACUGCAAUUGUGGUGGGGAACGAGAACAGGGGGAUAAGUGAGGAGGCCCUGGAGUUAUCAGAUUUGCAUUGCAGUAUUCCAAUGAAAGGCAUGGUAGACUCUUUCAAUGUGUCAGUUGCUGCUGGCAUCCUCAUGCAUCAUGCUGUUUGCGACAGAACGUCACGCCUGGGCUGUCAUGGUGAUCUGACAAUGGAACAAAGCCAAAUCCUACUUGCAGAGUUUUCUCUGCGUCAUAGCAGGAGUGCGAUUAGCAUUGCCAAUGAGUAUGCAAAGCGAAAGGCCGGCAUGUUCACCCCUAAGCUUUGAUAGAGAAUCACCACUUCAACCAUUUAAUGUAUGAUUUUCCUCAUGAAGGAUGUGACUUUGAUAAUUUAUGUAGAAGAUGAUUUCAAAAAAUGGCAC